ACGCACCAAAACAUCUUCUGAGAGAUUUGGCUCAACACUGUCCCAAAGAGGCCAGAGUCCUUCCUCUGGACAAGCAAUAAUCAAACAUUUCAUCUGUGAGAUCGUAGGAUCACAACCAGCUGCACACCAGUGGACAGAUCAGUUGUUUUUCAUUGUUGUAGUCCAGUCCUUCAAAGAGUCUCCACCAGAUUUCAUCAUUUUGAUCAAGACAUGGCUUGGAAAUGGAUCAAGACUUUUGUUUAUUUGUCUAUGUGUGUCACCUCUGCUGUGGGUAAUAAGCAAGCAUCCCAAAAGAAGUGUGCUGACUUCAACAACACCAUUUGGCAGCAAUACAGACAGGGCAUCAAGCUCAGGGUUCAGUACUUUCUUCUUACACGAAAUAAUGCAGACUGUGCCAGCCUCUUCACACAAGACUGCCUCAACCAAACCCAGAAACACACGGCUUACUUCAACUCCUCACUCCCCACCAAAGUCAUAGUUCACGGAUACAGGCCUUUGGGCAGUAAGCCUUCUGGGAUGAGUGACUUAGCCAAGGCUCUACUGCGAGAAGAGGACCUUAAUGUUCUGGUGGUCGAUUGGGAAUUUGUAGCCUCCUUUGCUUAUAACCUGGUGGUAGAGAACUACAAGGAGGUGGCAGUGCAGAUUUCAGAGCUCAUCAAUAAGCUUACGAAACAUGGAAGCACACUAGAAUCUUUCCAUUUCAUUGGUAUGAGUCUUGGAGCACAUGUGUCUGGAUUUGUUGGGACCCUAUUUGAAGGCAAGCUGGGUCGAAUUACAGGUCUGGACCCAGCAGGCCCGAUGUUCAAGAAGGCUGCUCCAUUUGAUCGUCUGGAUUCAUCUGACGCUUUAUUUGUUGAGGCCAUUCACACGGACUCUGACCAGUUUGGUAUAUCUAUUCCUGUUGGGCAUGUGGACUUCUUCCUAAAUGGUGGAAUGGACCAGCCAGGUUGUACACAUUUAGAUCUUGCUUCAAUGUUUGAUUAUGUCACUUGUGACCACAUGAGGGCACUGAGUGUCUACACGAGUGCCCUGAACCGCUCCUGUUCGCUUACUGGUUUCCCCUGCUCCAGCUUUGAGGAAUUCCUGGCAGGAAAAUGCAUCACCUGUGAGGACCCCUUCACUGGCACAUGCCCACAGAUAGGCUUAUUAAAGAGUGGGAUAACAGUGACUCCCCUGCCAAAUCAUGAAAAGGUCUAUCUCCUUACCACUGCUACGGCUCCUUAUUGUGCACAUCACAUCUUAGUGGAAUUGAGGGUUUCCCCUUUAGACAAGAGUGCUGAUAUUCAGCUCACCCUGAUCACCGUGGGACACCCUGAGACCGAGCUAAAACUCAAACUAAAUAAGGAUGAAAUGGUGUAUAAAAAGGUGACUGCACACCCGGCACAAUUGUGUAAAAUUGAUUCAGUGCAGGUGAAAAACACAGGAGCACGUUUCUUCAGACAAGGAGAUAUUCAAUUCGCCUAUAUCUGCAUCUCUGAAAUUCCUCAAACCAGAGGGCUGGAUCCAUUAUGUGUGAAGAACAUUAAUAUUGGACGGGGAGUACCAUGGUCACGUGACUUUGUACAGGUGUGCUAAAUAAAAAAAUAAAUAAAAAACACACAA